UUAAUAAAAUCCCUCUUUUAAGAAGUCUAUUUCAGACAUUUAUAUCUCUUAUAACAUUACAUCAUUUUCUUCAAUAUUUUGUUACACAAUUCCUCUCUUUGUGUGUCUCUGUUUUGGUUGAAGAAGAAAACAGAGAAUCCUAAGUGAUCGCGGCGAAGGAAAGAAAUAUAUAGUUGGAUUAGUCUGAGAUUGAUCGGCGAUCAGUUAAUUUUCAGCGGUACAUGUGCUCAUUAAAGGUGGCGAAUCGACAGGGCAGCGGCGACUAUGCCAGAACUAGGCCGACGACCACGCCUAACACUUCUUCCACCGCUUCCGCUAAUCUUGACAUCAAUCCCUUCUUCCACAUGCAGCACCAGCCCGAUUACCUGCUGUCGGCGGUGGUGUCGCCGCCGCCUGCCCCACCGGGCCAUGGCGAAUUCGGGGAGAUGUCGGCGAUGGUGACGGCGCUGACUCACGUUGUUUCGGGCACCGUUGCUUCGCCGUCCAGCUCCGGCUCUUGGGCGGGGCAGAAGCGGCUGCGCCACCGCGACCACGGUGAGUUUUCGGAAAGGUUUCAUGGCGGGAUUGGAGAGUCGUCGUCGUCUUCAUCUGUUAAACCUGAACCGGAGUCCGUAGCUAGCGCCGCGACGCCAACCGCCGCCGAAGCCGAACCUCCGCAACAACCGGAAUCCACCGCAGCAGCGCCGGAAGAGAGGAGAAGAAAAUACAGAGGCGUGCGGCAGCGGCCAUGGGGAAAAUGGGCCGCGGAAAUAAGGGACCCACACAAAGCGGCUCGAGUUUGGCUCGGCACCUUCGAGACGGCCGAGGCUGCAGCCCGAGCCUACGACGAAGCUGCGCUGCGCUUCCGAGGCAACCGCGCCAAGCUCAACUUCCCCGAACACGUCAGGGUGCUGCCGCCACCUCAGCCCUCUCAAAUAGCCUCGCGCCCCGUGGCGGCGGCGGCGGCGCCGUUUUUCCAGACCGCCGGCAGGGAUUACUGGGAGUACUCGCAGCUGUUGCAGAGCACCGGCGAUUUGCCGGCGGCGCAGACGAAUUCGAUGUUCGAUCAAAUGUUCUACGCGUCGUCGUUGGCCGGAUUGUAUUCGUCGUCGCAUCAAUCGCAACAUUCAUCGUUUUUCUCUUCCUCGACUUCCCAGCAUCCCAUGCUGUUUUCCAGCGGCCAAACCAUCCAUUUCUCGCCGCCGGAAAAUAAUCAGCAUACUCGCGGUGGUGGAGGUGGCAGUGAUGCUAGCGGCGCGAGUCAGACACCGCCGUGGAGUUCCGGCCACUAUCCUUCUUGCUCUAGUUCUUGAUCGUAUACUCUUCCGUUCUAACAAAAUAGUGCACACUAGUAGUGCUAAAUAGUACUAAUAUUAUUUGAGGAAAUAUGAUUAAUAGAAAAAUGUGUUAAAAAUGAAAAAAAAGUUGCACUAUU